ACUCCAAGUACAUUAUGCAUAUACGUACACACACUCUUUUGUUUUGGUAAACUACUCUGCCACUGCCAGUGAUUGAACAUCAUGGGCUCUGUUGUGGAGAAAUCUGCUUUGAUAAUCUGUGGCGACUACAUGGAAGAUUUCGAAGUGAUGGUGCCUUUCCAAGUGCUGCAAGCCUUUGGGGUUCGAGUUGAUUGCGUCUCUCCCACCAAAUUACCUGGUCAAAAAUGCUUCACUGCCAUCCAUGUGUCCUUGGGAUUUGAGCAUUACUCAGAACUGCCAGGCCAUUCAUUUACACUGAAUUCGAACUUCAAUGAAGUGGAGGUCGGAUGCUAUGAUGCCCUGGUUAUUCCUGGCGGCCGGUUCACGGAGCUCUUCAGCGUCGACGACAGGGUCUUGAGCAUUGUUAAAGCGUUUGCUGAAGCAGGAAAGCCUAUUGUCACCACUUGCCAUAGCCAACUCAUUUUGGCUGCGGCAGGGCUUUUGAAAGGCAAGAAAUGCACUGCCUUUGCAAGCAUGAAACCAGUGAUAGAGCUGGCGGGUGGUAUUUGGUGGGAACAACCUGGAAUCACAUCACCUUUUGACAUUACUGCUUGUCUCAAAGAUGGAAACAUCUUGAGUUCCAUAGGAUGGCCAGCGCAUGCUGAAAUUCUCAAAACUUUGUUUGAAUCCAUGGGAGCCCGAAUUCAUACAACCAAGGCUAACUCAGUGCUUUUCCUUUGUGGGGACUAUGUAGAAGAUUAUGAAUUUAAUGUCCCAUUCCGUGCGCUCCAAGCAUUAGGGUGCAAGGUCGAUGCAGUUACCCCAAGCAAGAAAAAGGGCGAAACCUGUGUCACUGCAAUCCACGAUGAUGAAGGAGCCCAAGCCUUCAGCGAGAAACGUGGCCAUAACUUGGUUAUUACAGCCAAUUGGAGUGAUGUAAGUGUUUAUGAUUACGAUUGCCUUGUUGUGCCGGGUGGGAGGUCCCCAGAGUUGCUGGUAAUGAACGACAAAGCAGUCACUCUAGUGAAGGAAUUCGCUGAGAAAAACAGGGUCAUUGCUGGUGUUGGGCAAGGGCAAUGGCUCCUUGCUGCUGCUGGUGUUCUAAAGGGGAAGAGAUGUGCAUGCGGGGAUGGAAUGAAGGUAAUGGUGAAGAUUGGUGGAGGGGAAUUGGAAGAGUCUAAAGGGUGUGUCUCUGAUGGAAAGCUGGUGACUGCUGUUGGAUGGCCUGCCCUUCCUUCUUUCAUAUCUCAUUUAUCCAAACUUCUUGGUUUAUCUUUGAGCUUUGAGUGAGGCCAAGUUUGGGUCUUUUGCCUGAAAGAACAAUGUUUGAACUAUAUGCAUGAAAGUACUUUAUGUGAGUUCAGCGAAUAAAGUUGGAUUUUGAUCACCCUUGUAACUGGUUUUGCUAUAUUAUAAUAAGAGCACCUUUAAGGCGCUAUGCUUCAAAUUCUUAAUUAAA